AUGACCACUCUUUCACCAAGGAAAGAAUUCCCUGGUAAUGUUAAUGAAAUAUGUCGUGUUGUGAACCAAAAUGGUGAUUCUUUAGAAGCCGCAUUACGUAAAGAAGUCGCUAAUUAUGAACAACAUGAGAAACUAUUAGAAGGUUUCGAUGCGCUGACUAACCAGUUAAAACACAAAAAUAUCGAAUCAUUUGAAGAACUUGAGAAACAGGACAACGAAGCAAAGAAAUUACUGAUAAAACUGGCGAGAUGCACUAAACCAAUUAGAAUGCAUGGUACUAAUAUUGGUCUCUUUGGUCGGACAUCCACGGAGAAAUCAACCAUGCUCAAUGCUCUUCUUGGUCAAAAUGUUGCUCGAACAGGUGUUGGUGAAACAACAACUGAAAUUAAAGCAUACCAAGGAUCAACUUUCACACUUUGGGAUAUUCCUGGUCGAAAUGAUGAAUUAUCUUAUUUAAGUAUGGAAUAUAUAUCUUUUUUCAAGGGUCUUACACGACGUUUAAUUCUGAUUCAAGCGACAGUAAAAGAAAAUUCGAGUAUGAUGAAAUUAUUGGAUGAACUUGGAUUGGAUUAUGAUAUUGUUUUUAACAAAUUUGACAAAGUGGAGGAAGAAGAACAGGCAGCAGUUAGACAACAAAUUAAAUCUGAAAUAGCUACACUUGGUCUUCGAGGAGGAAAGAAAACAUAUUUUGUGAGUGCUAAAAAUCCGAAACAAUUCGAUGAUUGGCGCAACAUGCUACCAGGCAUACAUGCAGUAGUAGUUGAAACAACUUCUGAUGAGGUAGAAAAACAGAAUAAUGACUUAUAUACAUAUAUGAAAAAGUUAAUUAAAACAUCAAUUUUACUUUUUAAUGACAUAAAAGAAUGUAUCAAUGAUAUAAAUGAAAAGAAAAAUCAAUAUCGACUCAUUUAUCUUAUAUUAGUCAUAGACUUUACAGUAACCAAACAAGAACUAGAACAUCUUAUUGAAUUAUAUUCAAAUUCAGAAACUGUUCAUGCAAUCUAUAUCAAAUUACACGAUAAAACAAUCAUAACUAAUAAAGAAUUUUUAAAUCGCUUUCCAAAAAUAGCUGGUAUAUUUCAAAGUAGCAACAGUUUGGUAUCACAAUCAUUAAAUGAUAUGGGAAAUUAUUAUACAGAUAUUGCAGACAACUAUAUUGAACAAGGAGACACAAUUUUGGCACAAAUUUAUUAUAAAAAAGGAAUAGAACUGUUCACCGAAAUGACACAAUUUCUUCAAACAAAAAGAGUGAUUAUUUAA